AACUAUUGCACAACAGAUUGAAAGACGGAAAUUAAAAUUGUAUAAAAGCAUUUACAUCUAAUAUAUCAGCAGAGUUUCGAGGUAGUCAACAACUCAUUCGAGACCAAUUUAUCUAAUUUUUGAUUUACGAUUUGUUAAACUGUAUUCAAGGUAUAUAAAAGCUACUACUGUCUUUCGAAAUACUUUUUGAGACAGAAUUUUGUGCGAUUCUUUAAUUUCGUUUAUUGUAACACUAAUACAUUUUUCAAAGAUUAUGGCGUCACAAUCAAGCGAAGAAAUCACAGAAUUAAAAUCGUCAUCUUUAGUUGAUAAAGUGAAAGUUAUCGAGAAUGUUGGAGAGUAUAAAUACAUAGUUACAGUUACAUUAAAGAAUUUUGAGAUAACUAUUAAAUGUCAAUUGCAAGAAAAUUAUCCUACAGAAAAGCCAACAGUUUUUGUAAAAUCUGAUGCAUACGCUAAAGACUUUGUAACAGAGCUGAGCACAUAUUUAACAAAAGCUUCAACAGACGAAGCUCAUUCAUUGUGCGAUUUAUGUAAAUUAGCAAAUGAAUUUACAACGGAAAGAAAUCCUGAACCUCUAGAACGAACAACAACAAAAUUCCCAAAGUACAAAUCGAAAACUCACAAGAAGAAGAAAGCUCAACAAGAUCCUAAAGAAAAUAUUGUUGUAAAGAAAAUCAAGCUAAGAUCCGCUGAAGAUGUUAUAAAGAGGAUUCUGUGGGAUGACAUUCCCGUUGAGAAUUGUUAUGUAGGCUAUAUAGAUAGAUUUGUUGGAUUAGUAGAGAAAAGCUUUAGCGCUUUUUCCUGGGAGGAUAUCGCAUCUGUCGAUUACUAUACACUAGCAAUUCCAAAGCAUAGAAUUGUCUAUUUCAAGUACAAAAAGUUAAUUAUUUGGGAUAAAAGAAAGCGAUUAGAUAAUGUGUUUGGUUCUACUGGAAGUAAUAUAACUCUUCGCGACGUUCUAAAUAAUUAUGAAGAAAUGUCUAAAAAUGAAUCUGAUGACAAAGAAAGUGCAGAAGAUUUAGUUGUUGAUUUUGGAGAUUAUGAUAAAGAGUUUGAAUCCACCUCAUCUAGUGAAGAGGACGAACAAGAAGAAGGGAAUUGUGAAAAUCCUAAUGCUUUCAGAAACAAAGAGGAAUAUUUUGGUGAUAAAAUCAAACCCAAUUACUUUUUAUGUCUCAGAAUUGAUAACAAAGAUAUAAUUGAAAAAACGAUGAAAGUGAGAGAUGAGUUAUUGAAACUUAAUCCCCAAUAUGAUGAAUGUAUUAUUUCUCCUGAGAGGUUACAUAUAACCUUAUGUUGUCUAGGCCUAGACUCUGAUAACGAUUUAGAACAAGCAAUUAUGGUACUAAAAAAUUUGAAAGCGGGAAUUGAGAAAUUAAACCCAUUAGAAGCAAAUUUUCAAAUAAAAGGAACAAAUCACUUCUGGAAUACUGUUUUAUAUGCUGAUGUCCAAAAGACUGAACCAUUUAUGGAAAUAUGCAACUACGUCAGAAAUGAAAUAGCAAAAUCAGGACUUGAGAUAAGAGAUAUGUUUGACAUGACGCCUCAUAUGACAUUAAUGAAAAUUAGUAGGCAAAUUGGUCAUAAAAUAGGCACUAAAUACCUCGAUGCAAGAGUUCAUAAUAUUGCAAAAGAUGAAGUAUUCGGUACACAGAAUUUCUCUAAUGUUUGUCUGUGUUUGAUGGGUCAGCAAAGACAACAAGAUGGAUUUUACAUAACUCCAUAUAAAAUGGAAUUAUAA